AUGUGGGGCUUCCACGACCGAUUUCUACUCCUGCGAACGUCCAUGCACCGUCUCCUCACACAGAGCAGGGAGUGCAGCGGGAUACAGAGUCGCUGGCGCUACCAGACCCAGCUGAGGAACGACGAAGCCGGUGGGCUCACUUUCUCAGAGGACGAGUGGGCCAUUGAGUGGUCAGAGGUCGUGCGGAUUGCCACAAACAGACCUCGUGAGCAGGCGGCAUUGGAACACCAACGCAAGAGUUCGCUGAGACUCAGCUUCGAGUACUUGGAAGAGAUUCACAUCUUUGCACUGGCGCACGUGACGCAGCGGCCCAUCAUUGUGGUUGCCGACACCACACUCAAGGGGGUAUCGGGCGAAGACCUGGCACCGAUCUACUUUGGCGGGGUGUACCUCCCGCUCGAGAUGAACCCCACUGCAUGUCACAAGUCCCCCGUGGUCCUAGCGUACGACGCAGCCCACUUUUCUGCACUGGUAGCCAAAGAGGAAAAACCACAGCAGCAGUCACACAUUGGUUUCAGACAAACGAAAGUGCUUCAAGGUCGCGGGGAUAGAAAGCGGGAGGAGCCUGUUGUUCCACUAGUGGGACCUGAUGGGCGCCUGCUCCCCAUUCAGUUUGUGUACAAUCCCAAGAACCCCACUGUUCGAGAGAAAUGGGGCCAGAUGAAGUACGAGAGGGGAGAAUUUCCACCCGAACUCAUCAGGCUUUUGGAGAGCUACCUCAAAAUUCGAUGGGUUAAGCUCCCUGUUUUGCCACCAGCCACUACCGAGUCAUCGUCAACGGAGGACUACGAUCAUCUUGCUUCCAGACACGAUACUAUUCGGUGCCCCGCUGCACACUUGGGUCCGGAAACACAGCCCGUGUACCAGAAAGACCUCAUUGACAUGUACCUGGCAAACGUCCAGGAGCGAUUCGAGGAAGAGAAACGACGCUGCCAGCGUGUAGCGGAAGAGAGAGAGAGGCAGGUGCAGCUGGAAGAAGAGGCGCGACUGAGACAGCCCGUACCCUGCAAGGGCCCUGGUUGCGAGAUGUACGGUACACUCAGCUCUGGCGGGCUCUGCUCCGUGUGUUACCAGAAGAGUCUAGCUCCGGAAAGCGACGAAAGCGAGACUGAGAAGGUAGACCUAGCAAUGGAUCCUCGAGAACUAGACAACGAAACUGUGGAGUUGUACAUCCCAAGGAUCGAGCACCACCCACCGUCUUACGAAACCGCUACGGGAGGUGGUGAAUUGUGGGAGAGAGGGGGAGAGGGGGAGGGUGUGGGAAUGAAUGGCCAACAAAACAGCCUGGAAGGUUUAUCCAACGGCCUUGCCAAUUCAGACUCUUCGAGUACAGGGGCACCUCUAUCAAAGUGGGACCCUUCGCCACAACUACUACCGUCCCCCAACACGGCGGAGGUCACGGGGAGUGGGGGGCAUCAACAGGACACUCUCGGCUACUCCUCCUCCGGCACCAGUCUGCACAGCUCGGCCAGCGAGGGGUCGAGAGGUGGCGGAGGGGGGGACAAGUCACCCAAGAAAUCGAGGGGAGGCUGGGUGAAGAAAAAGCUCCAGGCGCUACCCGGAGGACUGAGAGCCAAGCCUAAAAAACCCGGGCAGGCACAGGACAAAGUCCAGCCUAUUAGCUACGCCAAAACAUCUUCAGACUGUAGAAACGGAGGCUGUGAGUUCUCCAGUAGUCCGAACUGUGAUGGGUACUGUUCAACGUGCUACAAGGCUAGUAAAAGCAUUGCCACAACUUUAGUAUGA